GGGAUGCACAGUGCUGCAUCCACCCGGGGGGCGGGGAAUAUCAGCCCCUGGUCGGCUCCUCCCAGCCGACUGCCUGCGCAUGGGCGGGGAGUCUGGGGAGACCUGCCUGGGGCCCCGAAUUGGGACGAAUCUCCUGGUAGGUGCUCGCUCCCUAACUGACCCCGACCCCAGUUUUUAUUUCCUGGAGGGACGCAGUUGUCAGCUGACAGGACUCUGGUAUUGAGGAGAAAAAGACGGAAAUGAGUCGGGCCCCUGAAGGGAGAGAAACUAACCCAGAAAACUGGGGAAGCCCAUCCAGUGAGGUGGAUUAGUCACCUGCAAAGCCACUGCCCCUUCCUGGGUUUGUCGCCUUGAAAAGAUGUACAUAUUCACUUAUUGGGGCCUUGUUCUUCAGUACUUUUAAUUAAUAGAACAGAAAAGUUAAAAUAUUUCCUAAGAGGUGAAUUUCGGAGUGGGAGGAGGGGGAAGAAAGUGUCUUUCAUUCCAUUUUGUUAAACCUUCUUCUGUUCCUUUGAAUGAUAAGAAAUGGAAUUCCAGGGCUUAACCUUGAAAGUCCUACUUGGGAAAAGACUGUCAGAGAAACAGAAAACCUCUUUUCUAAUAUAGCAGUAGAGAAAUGAAUACAUUUCCACAGAGUGUAGUAGGUGAAUUGGUGAAUUAUAGAGAUUCACCAAAAUAUCAGUUAUUUUCCUUGGCAGAGUGAAGAAUUUGUGACAGUAGGUAAAACUGUUGUUUGCUAUUAUCUGUAAUGUACUUUGCUUUAAUCUACAAUAAAUUGAUAUUGUAUAUGGACGAGGUGGGAGUAAAGCAUCUUUGUUAAAUAAUUUCUGUCAUUGUUCUGCAAUGGCUGCCCUGUUGUAAAUUAAUAGACAAGGACCCACUUCAAGUUGUUCCUUUCCAUGGAUUUAAUUGUCCAUUUCUCUACUAAUUCCAUCAUGUCAGGAUGACUAGGCUUUAAAAUCCUUGCUUUGUGAUAGGCAGGCCCCUGACUUGUUCUUUAGAAUACUUUGGCUCUUUUUGGAUAUUUGUUCUUCCUGUUAGAUUUGUAAAAUUAGUAUUUUUCAAGUCCUUAAAAAAAUCUGGUUUGGGGAUUUAAUGGAAUUUUAAUGAAGACUUUAGAUCUUUUUUUCAGAGGGUUGAUAUUUUGCUAACACCUAGUGCUCUAUUUUGAGAACAUGUGCCCUCUUUCCAUUUAGUUCCUUUUAUUUCAUUAUGUUUUAAAAUUUUUCCAUUUGGUUCUUUUUAUAGCCUUCUUUAGACUUGUUUAGUACUAAUUAAAUUUGUUUUUUACCAUAGUAUGUGUUGUCAUUUUAAAAUGAAUUUUCCAACUUGCUGUUAAUUGAAAAGGACUCAGUGGUCUUUGAGGAUGUGGCUGUGGACUUCUCCCAGGAGGAGUGGGCUUUGCUGGAUGCUGCUCAGAAGGAGCUCUACAGAGAUGUGAUGCUGGAAAACUUCAGAAACUUAGCCUCUGUGGAUGAUGAGACUCAAUUUAGGGCCAGUGGGUCAGUUUCUCAGCAGGAUAUUUAUGGGAAUAAAAUAUCCCAGGAAGAUAAAAUAGCAAAGUUCACCAGAAAUUCUUGGGUUUCCAUCUUAGGAAAAAUAUGGGAAGAACUUAGCUUUGAAGAUCAGCACACAAACCAGGGGAGAUAUCCGAGCAGAAACCAUAUGGUGGAGAGACUCUGUGAAAGUAAUGAUCAAUGUGGGGAAGGCUUCAGUCAGAUUUCAAAUCUUAAUCUGUACCAGAAAACUCUUACUGAAGUAAAACAGUAUGAAUGCAGUGCAUAUGCAAAAGUCUUCAUGCAUCAUUCAUCCCUCAAGAGUCACAUUGCUAUUCACACUGAACACAAACCAUAUCAGUGUCAGGAAUGUGGGCAGGCCUACAGUUGUUGUUCACACCUAAGAAUGCAUGUGAGAACCCACAAAGGAGAGAGGCCCUAUGCAUGUAACUUAUGUGGAAAAACCUUUCCUCGUACUUCUUCCCUCAACCGGCAUAUAAGGAUUCAUACUGCAGAGAAAACCUGUGAAUGUCAGCAAUGUGGGAAAGCCUUCAUUGAUUUUUCAAGUCUUACUAGUCAUGUGAGAAUGCACACUGGAGAGAAGCCCUAUAAAUGUAAGGAGUGUGGGAAAGCCUUCAGUUAUUCCUCAACUUUUCGAAGACACAUGAUAACACACACUGGAGAGAAGCCCUAUAAAUGUAAGGAAUGUGGGGAAGUCUUCAGCUAUUCCUCAACUUUUCGAAGACACAUGAUAUCACACACUGGGGAGACACCACAUAAAUGUAAGGAAUGUGGAGAAGCCUUCAGUUACUUCUCAGCUUUUCGAAGACACAUGAUAUCACACACUGGAGAGAAACCCUAUGAAUGUAAACAGUGUGGGAAAGCCUUCAUUUAUCUCCAAUCCUUUAGAAGGCAUGAAAGGAUUCACACUGGAGAGAAACCCUAUGAAUGCAAACAGUGCGGGAAAACCUUUAUUUACCCCCAGUCAUUCCGAAGGCAUGAAAGGACUCACGGUGGAGAGAAACCCUAUGAAUGUCAGCAAUGUGGGAAAGCAUUCAGCCAUCCCUCAUCCUUUGAAGGACAUAUGAGAGUGCACACUGGAGAGAAACCUUACGAAUGCACUCAAUGUGGAAAAACUUUCAAUUGGCCCAUAUCCUUACGAAAACAUAUGCGAACACACACUAAAGAGAAGCCCUAUAAAUGUAAACAAUGCGGAAAAGCCUUCAAUUUGUCUGCUUGUUUUCGAGAACAUGUGAGAAUGCAUCCUGGAGACAAAUCGUAUGAAUGCAAACUAUGUGGGAAAGUGUUCUAUUGUCACAUAUCCUUACAAAAACAUAUGAGAAGGCACACUGCCGAGAAACUCUAUGAAUGCAAGCAAUGUGGGAAAGCUUUCAGUUGGCCGGAACUUUUGCAACAGCAUGUAAGAACACACACUGCAGAGAAGCCUUAUGAGUGUAAGGAAUGUGGGAAAGUCUUCAAGUGGCCAUCAUCUUUACCAAUACACAUGAGAAUGCACACUGGAGAGAAACCUUAUGAAUGUAAGCAGUGCGGGAAAGCCUUCAGCUGUUCCUCAUCCUUAAGUAGGCAUGUGAGAACACACACUGCAGAAAAACACUGCAUGUGUAACGCAGAAAGUCCUGCAAGCGAACUCAUGCCCAAUGCUUCAGAAAAUCCACACCAGGAGAGAAAUCUUGUGAAAGUUGUAAAUACGGUGUUGCCUUUAUGAGUUCCUCAUUAUUAAAGUGGACCCAUAGGUAGUGUAUUUCCAGUUCUUUUGCAAAUAAACAUUUAGUUGAAAAAUAACUCUCCAAGUACUCUUAGCUAUAGUACAGAAAAUUUGCAUGUAGUGUUUUUUCUUACAUUUCAGUAAACAAAACUUUUAUCUUUAGUUUGUGGACUCAUAGGUGAUUUGAAUUGUAUUUUCAAUAUGUAAGUAUUUUGUUCAAUAUAUGUUUUAAUUUCUUCUUUAAAUGUCCUUUAAGGGGUCAUUGGAUGUUUCUUACUGGCUUAGUUGGCAGAUACUGAUACACCCAUUAUAUGUUUUCUGCCUUU